CUCAUACAUUAUUCUGAUGUUGUAUAAUUUUCUAUGUUAAAUAUCAUUUUAAUUUUCUAAUAUUAUAUUGUAGAUGUUCCAUAUUAAUUGAAUUUACUAAUUCUAAUUCUCUUCCUAUAGUCGUAUUUUAUUUUCUAAAUUUGUUACAGAAUAUUAUAGCUUCUAUUUAUUUAUUACUUGGUUACUUUAGUUCACUUUUCGUUCUAAAUUUUUUCAAUUACUGAAAUAUGUUUAAUUCUUUCUGACUGUGUUCCAUUUAUCAUUCUUUGUUCUUGAUGUAUUGAUGAUCGAUUAGGUUAUAUUUUAACUAUUUUAAUGAUACUUCUAAUUAGAUUAGCAAUUUAAAUAUAUCUUCUAAUAUUAUAAAUAUUUAUUAUUAUAUUCUAUAUAAUUAUUCUUCUUCUUGAUAUUUGUUUAUUAUUUUUACUAAUUUAUCUAUUUUAUUGACAAUUUUGAUUAGUCAUUUUAGUAAUAUUAUGUUUAGAAGGUUUUUUAAUUUCUAUAUUAGAUAAAAACUUGUUGAAAUAUAGUUUUGGAAGUUUUUAAAAGUUUUGGGUACAAAAAAGUAAUUAAAAUUUUCGGUUGGAUGGAAAACUAGACGGAUGCACAUUUUGGCGACUUUAAUGGUACCCGACGCCCUAUUCAAACUUAAGUGAUAUGUCUGCCCCAAUUCUCAAACUUAAGUGGUACUCGAGAUAUUUUACCCUUGUUUUCCCAUAGCUACCCAUAAAUUGUGAAAUGAUUUUUUCACAUGAAAAUGGAAUGACAAGUGAACACGUUUUUUCAUUUAUGUUUCAUGAUUUAUAUUGUGACAACAAAAAAUAAGAAAAACGAAAUGGCAAGUGAACGGGCAUGAGUGCAUGACGUUGCGUCCAUCUUGCGGGCGUAAUAGAGUUGAUUUAUCAUUUAUAGAUAUAGUCCUUGUAAUAUAGUAUGUUUGUACCUUGGGUUAUAAUUUAAAUACACACGAUUCUCAUAAACCUUGCAGCCAAUAUAUCGAAUUUUGUUCUCAGCCUUGAGAAACCAAUACGUUUCGAUUUUGACGUUUCGAUUUUCUGAAACGCGUUCCCUUUCGAUUUCUCAAACGGUAAGCAAAGCGCGAUAAAUUGCCGUGAUGGACAUGUCGGCGAUAUAGCACGAGAUGCAAUAAACAUUACGAGAUUAGAGGAUAUUUUGUGCUUAAUAUCCCGAAACGGCUGUCCCCAAAAUUUCCCCUGGCUGACUCUGCCCUAAUUUCCCCAAAUCCUGAAUCCUUUCAGAGUAUAUUAUCACCCGCCAUCUCCAAAUUUCGGUUCUCUCUUUCGGCAUAUUCUUUCCUCCCAGGGAGGACGAAACCUUUUCUUGCACGGAGUAGCUUCCUUCCGUCGAUCGAUCAGGCUAAGCGACUGUUAAAAUUUGGAGAUUCACAUCGGUGGUUGAACCAGAUAGAGAGAAGUCGACGAGCACCAGCCGCCGCCAACAAUGGGAGUUCCCGCGUUCUACCGUUGGCUGGCCGAGAAGUAUCCGAUGGUCGUGGUGGACGUAGUCGAAGAAGAGCCGGUCGAGAUCGAAGGCGUGAAGAUUCCCGUCGACACCAGCAGGCCCAACCCCAACGAAAUCGAGUACGACAAUUUGUACCUCGACAUGAAUGGGAUUAUCCAUCCCUGCUUCCAUCCCGAGGAUAGGCCGUCGCCGACUUCUUUUGAUGAAGUGUUCCAGUGCAUAUUCGACUACAUUGAUAGGCUAUUCGUGAUGGUGAGGCCCAGGAAGUUGCUGUACAUGGCAAUUGAUGGGGUUGCUCCUCGUGCAAAAAUGAAUCAGCAGCGGUCUAGGCGUUUUAGGGCUGCUAAAGAUGCUGCCGAUGCGGCAGCAGAAGAAGUUAAGCUCAGAGAAGAGUUUGAGAGGGAGGGAAGGACGCUUCCUCCUAAGGAGGAGUCUCAAACCUUUGAUUCAAAUGUCAUUACUCCUGGAACUCCAUUUAUGGCAGUUCUCUCUGUUGCAUUGCAGUAUUAUGUUCAUUUAAGACUCAACAAUGAUCCUGGAUGGAAGAAUAUUAAGGUUAUUCUUUCGGAUGCAAAUGUUCCUGGUGAAGGAGAACACAAGAUUAUGUCUUAUAUACGUCUGCAAAGAAAUCUUCCUGGUCAUGAUCCAAAUACACGCCACUGCCUGUAUGGGCUGGAUGCUGAUCUAAUUAUGCUGGGACUGGCUACACAUGAAGUUCAUUUCUCGAUUCUUAGAGAGGUUGUGUUCACUCCGGGACAAGACAAAUGUUUUAUAUGUGGUCAAAUGGGUCAUUUUGCUUCAAAUUGUGAGGGAAAGGCAAAGAAGAAGGCUGGUGAAUUCGAUGAGAAAGGUGAAGCUGCUGUACCUAAAAAGCCAUAUCAGUUUUUGCAUAUAUGGAUUCUGAGAGAGUAUCUGGAAUAUGAAAUGCAAAUCCCCAAUCCUCCAUUUGAGAUUGAUUUGGAGCGAGUCGUGGAUGAUUUCAUCUUUAUAUGUUUCUUUGUUGGAAAUGAUUUCCUGCCACAUAUGCCGACUCUAGAGAUUCGUGAGGGUGCCAUCAAUUUGCUGAUUGCCGUGUACAAGAAGGAAUUCAAGUCAAUGGGUGGAUAUCUGACUGAUGGUAGUAAGCCAAAUUUAAGUAGGGUGGAACAUUUUAUUCAAGCAGUAGGAUCAUUUGAAGAUCAGAUAUUUCAGAAAAGAGCCCGGUUACAGCAGCGUCAGACUGAAAGAAUCAGACGGGAGAAGGCGCAGGUGAAAAGAGGCGAUGAUGCUGCACCUUCAGUUCAACCUGAGUCUUUGGUUCCAGUUCAUAGAUUUCAUGGUUCUCGUCUAGCAUCAGCUCCACUUCCAUCACCGUAUGAGCGAAGCUCUGGAAGUUCAAACGGGGAUACUAAAAGGAAACAUUCUGGGCCUUCUAAUGAUGAAGGAUCCCCUGGUCGAGCUCAUAAAGUUGCCCGGUUGUCUUCAGUAGCCAAUAUUGGUGCUGCCAUUGUGGAAGCUGAGAAUAGCCUGGAAACAGAUGUACAAGACAACAAAGAUGAUCUCAAAACCAAGUUGAAGGAGUUACUUCGUGAGAAAUCUGAUGUUUUUAACACAGAAAAUGGAGGAGAUGACAAGAUUAAACUUGGUGAGCCUGGAUGGAAGGAGAGGUACUAUGAAGAGAAAUUUUCUGCCCAAACGCUCGAUGAACUUGAAAAUGUUCGAAGAGAUGUUGUUUUAAAGUAUGUGGAAGGUCUAUGUUGGGUAAUGCAUUAUUAUUACGAAGGAGUUUGUUCAUGGCGCUGGUUCUUUCCUUAUCAUUAUGCACCCUUUGCUUCUGAUCUCAAGGAUCUCGGUCAGUUGGACAUCACAUUUGAUAUGGGUUCUCCUUUCAAGCCAUUCAACCAGCUGUUGGGAGUUUUUCCUGCUGCAAGUGCCCAUGCUCUUCCUGUAGAGUACAGAAAAUUAAUGUCAGAUCCAACCUCACCUAUUAUCGAUUUUUACCCAGUUGAUUUCGAAGUUGACAUGAAUGGGAAACGAUAUGCCUGGCAGGGUAUUGCGAAACUCCCAUUUAUCGAUGAGACUCGACUUCUUGCAGAGGUUGAGAAGGUUGAGCAAACUUUAACGGAUGAGGAAGCAAGGAGGAACAGUUUUAUGUUUGACAUGCUUUUCGUUUCUUCAUCUCACACCCUGGCCCAAUGUAUAUACUUGCUCGACAAUAAAUCAAAGCAAAUGACAAAUAAUGAGAGGAUUGGAAUCAAGGAAUGCAUCAACCCAGAAUUGAGUGAUGGGAUGAAUGGCUAUAUCUCCCCUUGUGCUGGAGAUACUCACCCUCCAGUGUUUAGGUCUCCAGUCACUGGCAUGGAAGACAUAUUGGACAACGAAGUCAUAUGUGCUAUUUACAGACUACCUGAUCCCCAUAAACACAUCACUCGACCUCCUCCUGGUGUCACAUUCCCCAAAAGGAUUGUGAGCUUGCAAGACAUGAAACCUGAUCCGGUUCUGUGGCACGAAGACUCUGGGAGAAGGCCUUAUGACAGGCAUAACAAUAGUAAUAAUAAUAGCAAUGGAAACUACUCUGGCCGCCAUAACAAUAACAACAACGGGAACAUAUCUGGCCGCCAUCUCGGCGAGGCGUCUCAUCGGCUUGUCACCAAUAGUUUGCAGAUGAACAGACAGGGAAACCAAUACAACAACCAUGCACAACAUGGUCGUGCACAAUCUUAUGAUGCUACGCCAUCAUAUGCUCCUCGAAACUCAUCCUACUCGAAUGGAUCUCAUCAUGAAUAUUCACAUUCUAGGCAUCAGCAGUCUACACCUCCUUAUCAACAAAGGUAUGAUCAGUCUCGUGGGUCCAACCCCCGGUAUGGAGGCUCUCGAUCUUCAUAUGAGAGAGAGGACCACGGUGGAGGAUAUUAUCCACAAGGCGGGUUUCAUCAGCAAGGCAACCCCCGUGGAGGUGGAUAUGUUCCUCAGCCAGUAGUAUCCCCGCCGAAUGGCGGUGGUUAUGAUGCAUACCAGAGUCGCCAGCCAGCAGGCACACAGUGGGGCGGCGCUCCAGCUGCACCACCAGUCAACCAGGCCGUUCCUUAUGGAUACGGUCACCACCAUCAUCAACAGCAUGCUGGUGGAAACAGGUUUGCUGCCUUGGACCAUAGAUCAAACCGAGUGCCACCACCACACCAUGCAAGAACUCAUCACGAACAGCCGCCGCCUCCUGGAGCUGAAAAUAGGAGGCAACAGUACCCGCCACACAAUGCUGCCCCUCGCAGGCCAGCACCCCCACCCGGGUACAGCAGGCGGUAGGAAAAUACGGCAAUGGCGUUUGUGAUUCCAAUGCUGUAAUGUCCCCUCCUUUUUUUUUUUCUUCCUUAAGUUUUGGUUGCAGUCUUUUAGUUAUGGUCUUGCUACAUUUGUUGUGUAUUAUUGUUGUACCCCCAAAAACUCAGAAUAAGCAGGUGUCGAAGGACGUCAUUCAUUUGGGUUUAGUGCAUCUGCUAUACUUUGAUGUUCAAUAUCUUCAUAAUCAGAUAUUAAUGAUUAGUAUAGACUAAAGAGAUUGUCUUUUGUCCCUGGUUUUUAUAUCUAAUUAUCAUCAUUUGGAAGAGAAAAGGAUCACCUCUUUCCUUGCAUCUUGCUGCUAUUGAAUGGUAAAGAACCCAGAUGCUAGCUAAGCUAACCACUGCCCUACAAUUGGAGCUUCAUGCAGCUAGCUAGGGUCAGCCAGCCAUUAUCUUGGAAUGUGGACAUGUUUUUGCCUCAACUUUUAUGGCAAAAACCAACCAGAGACUAGCUAGUGCUUCCCCCUUUGGUCAUUUCAUCAUCAUAACAGACAGACAGCCAGCCAGCCAGCAGGUAAGGUUGGAGGGGAGUCGCCAUCCAAAUUUCUUGCCCGCACGAAUGAUCAUAAAUUAUUUAUAUGCAUGUUCAACAGCAAAAAAAAUGGAAGAAUGGAUCAUGAUGACAAUUGACAACCAUAAAAUAAAUGUGAUCCCUACCACAUGCGCGUUAACAAGAAGGGCUUUCACCUCUGCCUCGAUCGAUCUGAGAAGAGCAUAUGAGAGUGUGAAUACUCUUUUCCUUCACAAGUUGAUGUUUGUCUAAUUGAUGAAAUUAAAUUGUUGACAAAGCAAAAAAGAGGGACGACAGAUAGAAUCUACACAGAUACAAUAGCAAGGGACAAAGUUGGCGAAUGGUGAUUGACACUUUUGUGUGUAAUUUAAGUGUAGGCGGCAGAAAUGAGUAUGAAUGAGCUGUACGUGCAUGGGCAAGCUAGCUAGCUAGGCUACUUUGUAUAUGAUUUGAUAUUUAUGUUGCUCAGUUGCUGUCCUGAUGUGACAAGUUAAAGUUCAUAAGGUAUCCCCACGUAAUAUCAACCCGGUUACGGUGCCACCACGUGAUCACGGGGCGUAUGAUAACGUUGAAUCUAGCACGAGCGAUUCAUGAUUAUUGAAUAAUCGUCCACCUCCGAUUAAGUACAUGUGAAUAUGUGUUCAGAAUGCAUCGUUGAGAACAAUAAUUUUUCCGCUCCACACGUCUCCUAUCCUAUUGCACUCAAAGGAGCCUUGGAUCGGGGUUUUAGACCUAAGUAAAGGUUACUUUCUUAGGAUUGUCCUCUAUUACCUUAAAGAUUAUAGAUGGUUAUCAAUAAAUUAAAUUUCAGAGU